AUGUUCCCGAAGGCGCCAUUUGGUGCCCUGUGUGCACUGGCCCUGGUGAUUCUCUUCCACCUCCAGGGCACCCUCUUCUGCGCGGGACGCGGACCCCGCGACCGCAUAAUCCGCCGGGCAGAGGGGCUGGAGCUUCGGCCGGGACGUACCCGCUAUGUGCCAGGAAGGCGCUUGAAGGGCUGGCGGCCACGGGGGAAGCCAUACGACCCGGCGGCAGGAGCAAAGAGUCGAAGGAACAUCGGGCAGCUCUUGGUGUUGCUGGGCGCAUUGGGGAUCAUUAGCCGUGAGAGGCCUUCCAUUGAUGCACUUCCGGACAUGGAGGUGGACUCUUCAUUGCUGCUCCAAAGCAGCUCAAAGAGCCUGAGUCAAGACAUUCCCACAAGUCCGGAGUGGGCGUUUUCAACUCCAGUGAUCCAACCUGGCAGCAUUUUGAUGUCCAGACCUGGAGAUUCCUUUGCCGGGCACCAGCAGUACUUCCACAAGUCAGUGGUUUUGAUGGUCAAGGAUGAUCCGGGCGGUGACAUGGGCAUCAUUAUUAAUCGUCCCACUGGCUUCAACACUCACCAGUUGGGUCUUAAAGGGCCAUCCUGGAACAUUUGGUUUGGUGGCGAUUGCGAAGGCAUCCGCGACGCACACGUCCGUGGGAUUCGUACCUUUUGCCUGCAUGUGAGGGAUGACUUCGGUGACCUCUCACGAGCUUCCGUCGACUCACGGAAACUGAUCCGGGAGCUGCGGGAGGAAACCAUGGAACUGCGGCGUUUGCCACAGCUGGGCUUGGACGACGGCAUCGGGGUUUGGCGGCAUUUGUAUGCGGUCGUGGACGAAUCUGACCCCUACAACGAUCCCUUCGACACCAACAUGCUGGACACGAACAGCGUGGAGGGCGAUGCCUUGGGUGACGCCAUGCUUCGCCAGUGGGUGAUCCAGAACCUCACGAUUUCUGGAGCAAUUGAGCUGGCACAAGCCCGCGUGCAGCCUUUUCCCUGUCCAGAAGUGGAGGCGUGCUGGGAGUUUACCUGCGGGCUCUCGGGCGGCUUGGUGGGAGAGGGGUGCAGGGACAAGCCUCAGAAGGCCCAGCUUCCUGUGAAUCGGCCCAAAAUGGUUAGGCCCUGUAGCAUCAAGCUGAGGCUGCAUCAGGCGCGCGGCCUGCGGCCUGAUCGAGAUGAGGAUGGGAAGUACGUGGAAGUCUCCUUCAACGAUCACAUCCGCAUGUCACCUAAGAGCACAGGCUCCCCUGAGAACCCAGUUUGGGGUGAUUCGGUGAUGUCCAUCGAGCUCACGGACGAUUUUCAGCUCCAAGACUAUCCUUUGCGGCUUGGAGUCUGUAGCAACGAGACAGGGCCCCCUGACUGCGGCUUUGUCAUGAUCAACCUGGAGCAAAUCUUGCACAGUCGACCAGAGAUGGACCCCGAUGAAGCCGUCAGCAUGAAAGGCUGGUUCCCCUUGUUUGACACCAUGACCGGUGUCCGGGGCCGGAUCUUGGUCUCGAUCAAGAUGCAGUUCGUGGGUGAUCAGUCCUACAAUGACCGCUUCGCCUCAUCUGUGGGCGUUCGCUUCUUCUCCAUCGCCACACCGCCCCAGCCAGGCGUCUUCAUGGUUGAACAGUUGCUGGGCUUGGUGGAAGAGCUACGAGUGGUGCAGGACCCGGAGUACAACUGGCGGGACCUCAUUCGUUCGGACCGGUCCUCCAACGAAGAACGUCUCAGGGUCUUCCACAAUGCCGCCAUGCGUGCGCGCCGGGAGUUGGGCAAACAGGUGCAGCGCUUGGGCGCCAACGCUGUGUUGGGCUAUCGGGAGUAUGUGGACUUGGAGGGCGACGCCACGGAUCGGAUUUGUAUCCGAGCCUUUGGCACCGCUGCGCGCAUCACCCCAUCGAUGGCUCCAACGCCCAUGGGCUUGGUCCACCAGAGCAGCUACGAAGUCUCCCGUCAGGGCAGCCGAUCCCCUGUGCGGCGAGCGGAGGGUGAGUUUGGCUUGCCCAUGUUGUCACUCCUGCCGGCGAACUCAGGUGGAGCCCAAUCCGAAGCUUUGCUCAGCGCAGUGUCCAUGACCCGAAGCAGUGAUGAGAUCAGCGUGGGCGGCAGUGCCGAGGGUGAAGUUCUGCAGCGAGGUGUGUUACACUCUCUGGACCGCUUGCCGGUCGCUGAGCGCUUCGCGGUCUGCGGCGUCGUGGCUGCCCGGGCUGUGAAAGUCUUUGGAUCUCGGACCACGCAGGACAAUCGCGAAUCAUGGUGGUCAGACCUCCGGGAAGAGUUGCUCUCGCACGCUCGGUGCUUGGGGGGGUGA